UUUGCUGACUCAUCAAAACCACAAUAAAUUACAAAUACAUAAAUGGAAAACCAGAUUUCAUCUCUGUCGGUAACAAGCAAUCUCCGUUCACACCCCCAUUUUUACAAUCUUCACGCAGUAAAAGAUCUCCACUCUCCUCAGAAAAAUUGACAUAUAUUUCUGUAUCUAUACUAUACGUACGCCUCCGCAGUAGAAAUGUACAGGACCGUUUUUUUUUUUUUUUCGUUCGAAAUGAUUCACAUUUGAUCAGAAUGCCACCGUCGUCAACGGCUCGCGGCUCGGCUUAUCUCACGGCGCUCGCCGUCGAGAUUGAGAAGAAGCUCCGCCGUGCGUUGGCUUCUCCUUCGCAGAGGCGAAAUUUGUUGCAGGAGUUGUUUGCGGACGUAGCUUUGGAAGUAGAUGACCGUGCGAAAGAUAUUAUUUUUGGCGAGGAAGGUUCAAUUUCCGUGGCGGACGAUAGGUAUGGUGGCCCUAUAUGCUUUUACGAUGUUCUUGCCGAUUAUUUUGUUAGCAUGCCCCAAAAUGAGAAGUCAAUCCUCGAUCUGAUUGUACAACAUUGGAGCCAGUCGUUUGCAUCGAAUAUUUUCUCUCUGUUGUUCCACAAGUGGUUGUUCGAGGUUCAGCUUGAUAAUCCUGAGGUCCUACUCCGGUAUUCUUCUGCUCUUGUCCAAGGUUCCACAAACGUCUUCUGGAUAGAUAUCCAAACAAAUACAAGGCGUUUCCAAAGUCUAUUUCAGUAUCUCCUAGAGGAAGUUGCUCUAUAUUCUGACAGAUUAAAGAAGAUCCCGUUACAGGCUCAGAGAGACCUGUUUCUUCUUCUCUCAAGGUUCAUGUUCUUUUACAACUCAGUUGACAAGCUUGAAAGCUUUUUGAAGCAGUUUCCUGAUUUUCCAAACGCUUUCUUGAUCGGUGGUCCCUCAGACAUAUUUGUAACAGAAUUGGCUGAUCAGCUUCAAAAACUAAAGGUGGAGCCAGUUCUUCUGCAUUAUCUCUCUGAGCUUAAAGUUCUCCAAGGUCUAGAACUUAGAAUGACAACUAGUACAAGACUGAAAACAUGUCUGUACAGCUUCACAUCGCCCGGUGGUCCAAUGUAUCCAACGAGAGCUGUUCGUCAUGCAGCAUGGGAUGCCUUGGAUUGUCUUUUUCCCGUUGGGAGGUACCCUCGGCAUCUUAUAAGUCUCUUCUUCCGAUUGCUAUAUCCAUGGUACUGGCCCUCGUCUUGUUGGAACUUUGUAAUUUCUUGUUUACAAGCUGUUUUAUAUUCUCUGUUGAGGUUGGUUUUUUCUAGCUGGGAAAAUCUGAGAAAACCGAGACACUAGUAGGUAGAUUUAGAUGCUUGCAUAAUGUUUUAAGCUUAUCGAGGUAAGUUUGCGCUCAAUCUGCUCGCUGGGUUAAAAAAAAAUGUGUAUUAUGUAAUGAUCUUUUCGUGUAAUAAUAAACUUGAAACUUGGACACUGGAUUCGAACUUUGAUAUUAAGUAUUCCGCUCGGUGCCUGUUUUUCGUUAGUAAAUACUAAAUGGCUUAGCUAGUCUUUGAUGAAUUAUUUAUAUUUAUGAAAUACAGAUUUCUACAGAUUA